AUGUUCCUAGUGGUUCCCCUCCUCGCCGUUGCUGGCCUAGCUUCGUUGCAAGGUGUUCACUCCCAGUUGACCACUGCGACAGUGUUCCCUGGGGAUCCCAACGCAGAAUCCCUCCAAGGAGAGAUUCUUGGGACAGGUUCCGACGGGACGACGUAUGCCAUUUCAGGGAUCUUCUCCGGCGUACCGGCAACCGCCACGCUAGUAGAGAAUGCGUCGCACCUAUCAGAACGUAUCGCUAUCAGUACAGCAGGCGGACAAGCAGAGUUCAUCACGGACUGCAGUAUGGAUGAAAACCAUGAAGGGUCCUGCAGUGUCAUCUUGAACGUCAGUGCGAAUGGUAUCGAAACCGCGACAACGUCAGUCGCAUCUGCGACGAUUUCACUCUCGCCGAUCGAGUUGAAAGUCGGUGGUUCCAAUUCCGCCAUUGGAUUGACUUGUGCAGCAUCACUUCUUGCCGCUGUUCCCCUCAUUUCCUUCGGUUUGGCAUUCUGGUAA